GUCAACGCUACUGUCCCAAAAAACGUCCCAUUAAAAAAACAUCGUAAAUUUUUUCUUGUAAUGUAUUAAGUCUAAGUUAGCAGUAUGGAGGGGCGGAGGAGCUGGGAUGGGAUUCCUCUGGGGGAGUCCCACUCACCGCCGCAGUCGGUGCCGGGGCGAAGGACCCCGCUGGGCGCCGUGGGGCUCGGCGGGUUCUACAUGCAGGGCGGGCAGCCUCCGCCUCCCCAGCACUGUUAUCCCACGGAUGAGAACCAGCCGGAACCGGGAACCAGCUAUGCUCAAAGACCGAUGGGAGAAGGAAAAGGAAAACAAAAGAUGCGUCAAGGGAAGACAGUGAGACUCAACAUAAACGCUAGAGAACGGAGACGAAUGCAUGAUCUGAAUGACGCGCUAGAUGAACUCCGUGGUGUCAUCCCUUACGCCCACUCGCCGUCCGUGCGCAAGCUGUCCAAAAUAGCAACCCUUCUCCUCGCCAAAAACUACAUCCUAAUGCAGGCCAGCGCUCUCGAUGAGUUACGAAGACUGGUGGCGUACCUUCAGAGUACAGCGUCCGCUGCUGGUAUCGUGCCGCCGCCUGGGUUCGACCUAACCAGCUUCCCCGCGGCCGCCAAGCUGUUGCAGCCCCCCACUGGGCCUCCAGCGCCCCCUGAGCCGCCAUCUUGAGAACCAACUGUCAAACUAGAACCCUAAGUAUUUUGCUAUAAGUAUAACUACCUAUAUAUUCACGUAUAAAUUAA